CAUUAGAAAGUAAUUCCUCAAGUUGAGUGUAGUGUAGAAUUUUUAAAGUACAUCGCACGCAGUAUCUGAAAGUGAUGGCUCAAAUUUGUGUCCUUGAGGAAAGAGUGCAACUCAAAUCAUGUCCUGAGAAGUUCUAUAGCUUCCUCAAGAGCCAAAACCAGCACAUUCCAAAUAAUGUACACAGUGAAAAGCUGCAUGGUGUUGAGAUUCACGAAGGUGACUGGAACACUCCUGGCUCUGUCAAGCUUUGGAAAUAUAUCAUAGAAGGAAAAGAGGAAAUAUUCAAGGAAAAAGUUAUAAUGGAUGAAGCCAACAAGAUAAUAACUUAUGUUGCUGUGGGAGGAAAUGCGUUGGAGUUGUACAAAAGCUACAAGGCCAUCUUGAAGGUUGAGAACGGAAUACUGAAACUAAGAAUAGAAUAUGAGAAGCUCAAUGAUGACACCCCUCCACCAAAGAAAUACCAGCAAUUUAUCAUUAAUAUCGUCAGGGACAUUGAUGCAAAUCUAGUCAAAGGUUAACCUUUGAUGUCUAUUUAGUUUCUGAUCAUAUUAAAAUAUAUCAGUAAUAUACUAUUUUCAACACAUUUAUUAGGUGAAUUUCAUGCAAGUGAUAUGAUGGAAACAUGAUAAUUAUAUGACCAACAUGUAAUUUAUCUAAUUAUAAUGUGUCAAAGAGUGUGUAUUGUUGUUACUUUUUAUAUGGACAUAUGAAUAAGGAAAAGGCUAGCCAUUACGCUUGCGCACUUGGUUAGCAAGAUCCUAUAAAUAAAUGGAGCUUAAUUGAAGAUUG